GCUAUCGUGAGAUCACUACUUUAAAUACGAUGUGUUUAUUGCAAUUAUUGCUUGAAAGAAAACGAAUAUGAAUCGAGUACUAUCAAUACUUUUGAUUUCUAUUACAAAUUGUCUGCUUGUAACAGCAGAACAAUGCAAAUUGGAUGGAUCUGACGACUGUCAUAUUUUUACAUGGAGAUCCUGGGGAAGUUGUAAUGGCGUUUGUGGACACCAAAAACAACACCGAGAACGCGUAUUCUGUUGUGAUGCUAAUCUGAAGCCACACAAUAUUGACAAUUGUUUAAAGCAUUGCAAUUUGUUAUCCAACUUCGAAAGAUUUCAAAACAAAACAUGUCGUGUUUGUGAACAUAAUGGUACGCUUAUAUCCGUAUCAUCUCCAUGUAAAUGCAGUUUACGCUACAAAGGCGAUUGUUGUCAAGAUGAGGUGAAAUGCAGUGACAACCCCUGUAAACAUGGAACGUGCUCUGACCACUCCUCCUCCUUCAUCUGCUCGUGUGACCCUGGAUACAAAGGCAUAGACUGUGACACGCGUAAGACAUGCAGCGAAGGAAUCACCUGUCAGAACGGUGGUACUUGUCAGGACGGACCAAAUGGAUUCCAAUGUCACUGCUCGAACAAGUUCUCGGGAGAGUUUUGUGAAAAGGCUAUAACAUGCAGUGACUCCCCAUGUCAAAAUGGAGGAUCGUGUACCAAUACAGUAAAUUCGUUUCAGUGCAAGUGCCCUCCUACCCAUACAGGAAUUUUAUGUGAAAAGGUUAUUGAAUGUAUGGACACCCCAUGCGUUCAUGGUACUUGUCAGGACACGAGUACAGGAUUUAACUGUAACUGCGACCCAAAAUUUUCCGGAUUUACUUGUGCCACGCCCAUCAAAUGCACAUCUAAUCCGUGUAUCCAUGGAACCUGUUCCGAUACCCCACUGGGAUACAACUGUCACUGUGAAGAAAAGUACACAGGGACCAAAUGUGACAGUCUGAUACCGUGUUCGUCUCAACCUUGCUUACACGGAACCUGCACAAACACCCCGUCUGGAUUCAGUUGUGCUUGUGAUGUGAAGUAUACAGGUGCUAAAUGUGAUCAACUGGUAAAGUGUACAUCUACUCCCUGUGUCCACGGAGCAUGUUCCGACACACCAUCAGGAUUCCAAUGCUUAUGUGAUAUACGCUACACGGGGAUCAAGUGCGAUAAAAUUAUCAAAUGUGUGAACAGUCCGUGUGUACAUGGUACUUGUCAGGACACGAUUACAGGAUUUACUUGUAACUGCGACCCGAAAUUUUCUGGAAUGACCUGUAACACUCCCGUGAAAUGCACAGCUAAUCCAUGUAUCCAUGGUACCUGUGCCGAUACCUCGUCGGGAUACAAUUGUCACUGUGAGGAAAAGUAUACAGGGAGCAAAUGUGACAGUCUGAUACUGUGUUCGUCUAACCCUUGCCUGCAUGGAACUUGUACGGACACUCUGUCUGGAUUCAGUUGUUUGUGUGAUGUGAAGUAUACAGGAGCUAAAUGUGAUCAACCCGUGAAAUGCACAUCUAACCCAUGUAUCCAUGGUACCUGUGCCGAUACCUUGUCGGGAUACAGCUGUCACUGUGAGGAAAAAUACACAGGAAGCAAAUGUGACAGUCUAAUACUGUGUUCGUCUAACCCUUGCCUCCAUGGAACCUGUACAGACACUGCAUCCGGAUUCAGAUGUUCGUGUGAUGAAAGGCACACAGGUGCUAAAUGUGAUCAACUGGUUAUAUGUCACUCAAACCCCUGUGUCCAUGGAACAUGUACCGAUACAGCGACAGGAUUUCAAUGCUCAUGUGAUAUACUCUACACAGGAAUCAAAUGCGAUAAAAGCAAAACAUGCUCUUCUAAUCCUUGCAUUCAUGGAACAUGCACUGAUACAGCCUCUGGAUUUAAAUGCAACUGUGACGUUGUUUAUACAGGUGUAUUUUGUGACACGUUAAUAAUGUGUUCCUCAAACCCAUGUGUCCACGGAACUUGCACCGACACAUCAUCGGGAUUUCAUUGUGUAUGUAGUACACUCUACACGGGAACCAUAUGUGAUACACGGAAAACAUGUACUUCCAAUCCAUGCAUUCAUGGAACAUGCAGUGAUUCGACAUCUGGCUUUAAAUGCAAAUGUGACGUCACUUAUACCGGUACAUUGUGUGAUACAGUGAUUACUUGUGCCUCCACUCCAUGUCAGCACGGAUCAUGCACUGAUUCUCCCACAGGGUUUGUGUGUACCUGUGAUAGUUCCCACACAGGUAUCAGGUGUGACACAGCAUUAGCGGUAGACGAGUCCCAGGAACUUCUUUUGCCGACUUGGUUUCCUUAUUUAGAAUAUGCCCUGUUGAGCCUGGCGUCACUCACUGGUGUAAUGGCUAUGGGUUGUAUCUGCAUGAAAUGCUGUCGAGCAUUUGGUAUCAUCAGAGAUGACGAUGACGACGAUGAUGAAGAUCGGGAUGAAAAUGACUUCAGAAGAUAUAAAAGGGAUUCUAUAUAUCCACUUGACACCCCAAAGCCGCCAUCGAAUAAGAAACGGAAUGGGCUAGAUUUUUGAUGAGAUAUAAGAAUGAAAAACCGGACUGUACUGUUCUGAUUAUUUUUUUAAAUGUUGACGUGUUAAACACUUUUGCCUUUUAUUGAAUGACAUUUUUUCGGCAUAGUUUUUCUUAUAUUAGAAUAAAGAUAAAAUUAAAUUCUUUGCAUCGAAAUUAACAAAGGUGUUUUUAAAGAUUUUUCGGAUCUUUUUCUUUCAAUCCUGAAAGGUUUGUUUGACUUGAUCUUUAAUACCAUGAAAAGAGACUUGUAGUAUAUUAUGAUGUAAUUACCUGCUUGUUUGUUGAGUUUGCUGUGUGCUAAUUGUUAAUUUAUAAAAUCUAAUUUAAAUUCUCAAAUGCUUUAAUAUUCUGCCCUCUUUAAUACAUGCAAUAUGUAAUACUAGUGUUUUGAUUUGAUAUCUCUGUACUAUGUAUUUGAUAACUUUUGUCUGACAUUUACAUUGUGAUUUCUGUGACGAUAUUUACAUACUGCUAAUCACUAGUAACGCGUUCUUAAUUAUUACGAUUUUCAGUUAUAUUUUAUUGAUCUUCAUUGCAAUCGCUUUUGAAUAAAUUUCUUUGUUGGCUUCAUUAAAAUAUUGAUUAAA